UCUGAGAUCCGCGUCAUGAUGCUCCGACUCCAGCUCCACUGGUCCUGAUAAUGCUCAUGUGAGUUCGGGAUCAGCCAACUGCAGUGAAGCUUUCGGCAUUGACCUCUAAAACGUCAUACUAUGAUAAAAGAAGCAGCCUAUAUCCAGUCUGCCAUCCCGGAAGCAGAGGAAUUUGGGGGUUGGGUUAGAGAAACAUAGCAGCUCCGCGUGCGGUAGAGAAAGACCGCACGGAUACAAACACUCACACCGCGUAACAAAAUACCGAAGACGUGACCUCAAACUACACGGAUACAACCACCAUAAACAUCGCUCCGGAAUGGAUAAGCGGCAAAGACAGUAGUCUCGGGUGGGACAGAGGAGGAUGGGCGCAGAGUCCUGGUGUCGGUGUAGAUGUCUCUCGGUCGGCUCUUGCGACGCGCCUCCUCAAAGGCCUCGGACCUCCUGACCUUUAACCCAGGGUCGGCGGGUUCGCGGAACGGCUUGGACGGAGAGAUCAUCUUCUCCAAGAACAAUGUGUGUGUGCACCCUGCCGAGCCCCUCCCGGGCCUGCCCGAACACCACCCAGGGUACCUGUGUGUGCACAUGGAGAAGGAUGAGAGCCUGGGAACCACUCUGAUCCUAACCUGGGUUCCCAACUCCCGCAUCCAGAGACAGGACGAGGAGGCCCUGCGUUACAUCACCCCAGAGAGCUCACCUGUCCGCAGGAACGCUCGGCGCAGGCCCCGCAGGCCCCAUUCCCGACACCCUCCCGCCCAGGAGGAAGAUGAGGACCGGGAGGAGGAGGAGAGGAUUGGGAACGGAACUGGGAUUGGAGGGGGCCUGGGUCUGGAGGCCAGCAUAGAGCCCCCUCCUCCCCAGCAACAGCAGUCCCAGUCUGGGACGGAUGAGGGGGAUGAGCUGUCGGCUGACGAGGUGAGCAGGGACAGCACCAUGGGCUCGGACUCAGACACCACCUUCUCCUCACCCUUCUGUCUGUCGCCCGUCAGCGAGUCCCUCUUUGAGAGCAGCGGCUCUGUGUUCCUGGACAACGAGAGCAGGGAGCUGUGCGACGAGUCCAUGACCCAUUCGGCUAGCUCCGCCUCCAGCCUGGACAGCCACGCUCCCUCUGAGAACAACAGCCAAUCGCAGGGCAUGCGGUGGGAGGAACAGCAGAAGGUGCUGGCGUUGGAGCAGCUGGGGGGAGUGUUCCGGGUCGACCUGGGUCACAUGAGGUCGCUCCGCCUCUUCUUCAGUGAUGAGGCGUGUAAUAGUGGUCAGCUGGUGAUCGCCAGCAGGGAGAGCCAGUAUAAGGUCCUCCACUUCCACCACGCAGGUCUGGACAAGCUGGCUGAGGUCUUCCAACAGUGGAAGUGCUGCAGAGAGACGCAGCUCAAAGACCAGGUAGUGGAUGAGAAGUCAUGUAUGCAGUUCUCCAUCCGGAGGCCCACCCUGCCGUCCGCUGAGACCCACCCGGAGGAACGUCUGUACCGCCGCCUGGACGUCACCACCUGGCUCCGACACCUCAACCACAACGGACAGGUGGAGGAGGAGUACAAGCUACGCAAGGCCAUCUUCUUUGGGGGCAUUGACCCAUCCAUCCGCGGGGAGGUGUGGCCCUUCUUACUGCACUACUACAGCUGUGACUCCUCCUCCCAGGAGAGAGAGGCCUGGAGACUGCAGAAACGCUCUGAGUACCACCACAUCCAGCAGAGGAGGUUGUCUAUGAGUCCUGAGGAGCACAGUGACUUCUGGAGGAAGGUUCAGUUCACCGUGGAUAAGGACGUGGUGAGAACAGACCGCAGCAACCACUUCUUCAGGGGAGAGAACAACCCCAAUGUGGAGAUCAUGAGGUGUGUGCUGCUGAACUACGCGGUGUUCAACCCAGAGAUGGGCUACUGCCAGGGCAUGUCUGACCUGGUGGCCCCCCUGCUGACCGAGGUGCAGGAUGAGAGUGACACGUUCUGGUGCUUCGUAGGCCUGAUGGAGAACACCAUCUUCAUCAGCUCUCCCCGUGACGAGGACAUGGAGAGACAACUGAUGUACCUGAGGGAGCUGUUGCGUCUGAUGCUGCCCCGGUUCCACCAGCACCUGACCCAGCUGGGGGAGGACGGCCUACAGCUGCUGUUCUGUCACCGCUGGCUCCUACUCUGCUUCAAACGGGAGUUCCCCGACACAGAGGCCCUGCGUAUGUGGGAGGCCUGCUGGGCACACUACCAGACGGACUACUUCCAUCUGUUUGCGUGUGUGGCCAUCAUCGUGCUGUACGGUGAUGACGUGACGGAGCAGCAGUUAGCCACCGACCAGAUGUUGCUCCACUUCAGUAACCUCUCCAUGCACAUGAACGGGGAGCUGGUGCUGCGCAAGGCCCGUAGUCUGCUCUACCAGUUCCGUCUGUUACCCAGAAUCCCGUGCAGCCUCCAUGACCUGUGUAAGCUGUGCGGUCCAGGGAUGUGGGACAGUCGCUACAUCCCGGCCGUGGAGUGUUCUGGGGAGCACCCCGACUCCCAGAGCUGCCCCUAUGGAGGCACAGCCACCCCCCAGCCCUCAGCCUCCCCGUCACCCUCACCCUCCCCCUCACCCAACCCCACCCCACUCCCCGAGGGCAAGAGAGGCUCCAAGACCAGAGACAUCUUCAUGUUUCGGAAGCAGUCCUGAGUUUAAAUAGGGGGGAGGGAGACAAUGGUGCUAACUAUAACUGUUGAGUAGAUCAGAAGCUGCAGUACCACUUUUCUGCCACUAGGAUUCCCAACAUACUGUAUGUGCUUCUCUCUGAUACUUCUCUUCACGCUCUCCCCCUUUUCACAAUCCCCAUCUUAUUAAAAGGAUUUUCCACCUGAUCCUUUUGUCCGGUGUGACAUGGAACACUGCCUUAUAAGAAUGUAUAUUUAUUUGGAACAUUCAGUACCACAGACACUUGGCACUACGUUUCCCAUGAAGAAGCUGCUGCUCUGCUAUUGGAGGAGAUUGGACAAUCAUCACUCUGUUGGACUGUAACCUUUCAGGGUCCACACUGUGGUCUAAGGUUGCUGGACUGGAUUCAAUGUGACUCCAACGGUCAAAUACUGACUUGAAGGGGAAUUGUUGAGAUUUGAACUCCAUUGAAAGGUUUUCAUAUGCUCACGAUGGAAUGUUUGUGAAUAAUGGAAUGAUAUAUUAUCUCAGCAUAUUGCAAUCAGGCUCAAGCCUAUUAACACGACACACGUAUAAACCUCCAUCAACCAAGAGAGGCAAGCUGUCAUUUCAACUGUCACUAAGUUAAAUAUUGUUACUUUUCAAAUCAUAUUUUUUUUUCUGUUCCCUUCA